CAAAACAGAUUUUUGCACGCGCCCACAGACGCUACGGCAGAGAAAUAUCUCUCUCCCUCCAUCUCAUCAUCAUCAUCAUCAUCAUCAUCAUCUUGUUAUGGUGUUGGGAUUACCGUUCAUCAGAUGACCCCAAGAUGACUCUUACUCUAAACUCGCUACUGAGUCUCAACUCAGCUGUAAGAUUCCAACAUGUCUCAAGUUCUUUCAUGGGACAUGAUCAUUGCUCAGCUCUUGGGAAAGCCUCUGGUCAGAAGGCUGACCGUGUUUCAGCUCCCUUGGGGCUAUUUUUCACCUCAAGGAGGCCUAUCAAGGACAUGAGGCGGUGCAGGCCUCUCUCUGCUACCGACAGUAAUAGGGUUGUGACAGGCUCGUCCAAUACAGAUUCUGAAAGUUUGGAAAGAUCACUCCCUGAUGAUCAGUUAUCAGCACCAAAGCCUGUGAUGCCUUUGAACUCUGCUGCUGGAAAUAUUCAGCCAAAUGCAAGCAGCACUAAAGAGACUUCAUCUCGAACGCAGGAGGCCGCCAAUGGGCCACAGACUGCUUCUGAGACAAAACAGAACAGUAUACCUUCUUCUUCGAGCAUGCAGUCAAUGCCCAAGAGAUCGUCUUUGACGGCUAGAGAGAAACUAAGGGCAGCCCGUGUGCUCAGUAGGUACACUGAAUCGAAACCUCCCAAGGCUGAGCUAGGGAGGAAGGUUUUAGAUGCAAUGAGAGAAAGUGAUGGAGGGAAAGCCAGAUCUGGCCUUCCCGAAGCUCCUACAAAUCUAUUUGAUGAUAGCAAACGUGGAAUGCCGAAGCAAGGCUUGACAUUUGAUUUUCCUGGGGGUUUCGAUCUUUUCCUCAUCAUCUUCUCUGCCGUCUUCAUCGGCACGCUCAUGUUUGCGACAACUUACGUUGUUUGGAAAGCAGGUGCAAUUCAUUUUAAUGAAUACUGACAUAGGCUAUAAGCUAUUAAGCUGCAACCUGCACGAAGCAUUGUGGAUGGAACAUUGAAAUCUCAUACUUACGCCUUCAUGAGGCUCAUGAGGUGAGAGAUUGUGACAACAAUCAAAAGGUGAGAUUUUUCUGCAAAUAAUGCCUAUUUCAUAUGUGACGGCUCACAUGAAAGCAUGAUAUGUGCUGAUAGAGUCAAGAUUCUCUUUGUAAGAUGAACUUGUGUAUGUACACAUUUGCCAGCUUAGUGGUAUAACAUUAAAUUGAUGUUCAGCUUC